AUAAGUCGGACCCCGGCAUACACGUAUGGAGUAAAAUAAGGAGGCAGUCUCCGAGGUCGAACUCCUCUUUGGAAAACAAAAGAAGAAGAAGGGUUCGUGCAUUUCCAGGAAACUCUCCCCACCCCGUGAGUUAUCUGACCAUUUGAUCUGCCACGCAUCUGGCCCUGGUUUGCGGGAAGAGAGUGGUGCGUCCAUUAAAUAUACUAGAAGAUGCGCCUCGUCGGUGACUCCAACCUCUCCUAGGACACUGUAUCCUUCAACGAGGCCCCUUUCACCGAAGAAGACCAUAUUCGACCCCCGUUCCAUCUUUCUCAUUUGGAGGCCUAGGCCUACACUCUAUCAAAAUGCCAGUGUUACCAACCGGAAUCGCCACGGAUAUUUCGACCUCAUCUACGAGUGAGGAGCAUCAAGACACGGCCCCCGGAUAUCUUGGCUCCGAACUUCCCAACAUUACCCUGAGGCCUCUUCUCCCACGGCUGCACAACUCCACGACAGCCUCGUUCCUGGGGGUGGUCGCCGCCGCACAGAAAAACGGCCGACGCACCCGCACCAACGUCACCAUUGCCUGCGACGGCUGCAAACAGGCGCGGGCCAAGUGCGACGGCAGGUUACCGUGCUUGAGGUGCACCAGGAGAUCGGCCGGGUGCAGGUACGACCAAGGGCACGACCGGCGGCAGCGUCGCGGUUCCCAGGAAGAGAUCCAGGCGCUGACGGCCCGUCUCAUUCGGUACCGGCGCCUCAUCUACCUCCUGCGCCAUUUCCCCCGCGGAGACGCCGACGGCAUCCUCGACCGCCUGAGGUCCCCGUCGGCGGAGGCGGUCGAAGACCAUAAACCCCCUCCUCCCACGGACCUCAACUCCACGACGGCGGCGCCGGAGGCGAUGGAGGACGAGAAGCAGGAUUCGCUCUCAGUCACGGAGAUGGAGGAGACGGCCGCGUUGGUGGCGUGGAUUAGGCACGAUUUGGACCGUCCCCCCCAGCACGCGUGGCCCGCCAAAGAGACGCCUUCAGACCAGGAUGAGUGUGAAACACUGGGUACGAGGGCUGACAAGGCUGUCUUUACUGUACAGGGGCUCUUGUGUUGAGCUGGAUCCGCCGAGGGGGAGGGGGGGCCUGCCAUGGCAGAUUCCGGAAUCCAGAAUCAUGCGAGCACAGGCCCUUUUUUUUUUACCUGCAUCUACUGUGUACAAGUACUUGGUAGUAGGACCAGGGGGGCCCUCAAGCCGUCACUGAUUGGUUCGCGUCAAGAAACAUUGUCGUUCGAGCAUUGUUAGAAACGAG